AUAAAGACCUCGAUCUGUGGAUGUGUGUGCCUGUGUAUGUAUAUAUACAAAGGCGCGCGCCGCCCCUGAUUGGCUGAGGCGCGCGCAGCGAAAGAGGAUAACAGCGAAGGCGCGAGCCGAGGGGCGGCAGGAGCAGCAAAGGCGGGCGCCCCUCUCGCGCUCUCUCUCUCUCUCUCUCGCCCAUUUUGAAGCCGAGCCUCCCUCCAUGCGGCGACUGGGUGACCCUCCCGGGGGAAGGCUCCAUGGUGUGGCGCUUGUGGUCGGCGGCGGCGCUGGGAUAGCAGCCCUCCCUGCCCAUGUCCCUGCCUCCUCCUCCUCCUCGGCUUCUCCUCGGGCCGGAUAGAGGAUGCUGCGCUGGCCGGUGCCUUCCUCGGCCCGUCUCCUUCCUUCCCGCUGCGGCCGGGGGAAGCCCCUCUGCCGCAGCUGCUAGCGAUGACUUCGAGGCACCAGGCGGACUGGAUCCCCUACAGUGUUUUAGAUGAUGAGAGCAGCAAUCUGCGACAACAAAAGCUUGACAGACAGAGAGCUUUACUAGAGCAGAAACAGAAGAAAAAACGUCAGGAACCACUCAUGGUUCAGUCCAAUGUGGACAGUCGUGCCAGGGCACGCCGGAUGAAACAAUCCGAAGAACAAGCACCUUUGGUUGAAUCUUACCUCAACAGCAACAGCAGCACCAUUUACCAUGCAGUGCAGGAGGCUGAGCCAGAAGAUGUAAAGGUGGUAGCAGACUCACAAGCUCCAAAAUCAACUAAAAAAACCAAGGCAGCCACAGGAGGUUGCCAAACUGGCAACACCAGACAGGAGAAAAAGGGGAAACACAAAGGCAUUGAUGGUCCAGCUGCUUUCCAAGAUGAUCUAAAGGAAAUAGGGAGCCGUGUUCAGAUCCUUACGGUUGGAGAGGCUUGUCAAGAUGAAGAUGAUGGUGAAAUAAUAGCUUCCUGUCAACAACAAGGCAAGCAUGAUCUUAGAGUAACGAUGCAGAAGAAAGGUAUUUCAAGUAGCAUGAAUUUUGAUGAAGAGGAGGAUGAAGAUGAUGAAGAUAGUUCAAGUUCCUCACAACUGAAUAGUAAUACCCGACCAGGUUCUGCAACAAGCAAGAAAUCAAACAAGGAAACAGCCUCAGGACCUAGCCCUUCAACUAACAACCUUGUAAUAGAUGUUGAUGACCUGGAGGAGUUUGGUGUGAGACCUGCUCCUCAGGGCGUUACUGUCAAAUGCCGAAUAACAAGAGACAAGAAGGGGAUGGACCGUGGAAUGUACCCUACUUACUACCUCCACUUGGAAAGGGAGGAUGGUAAAAAGGUAUUUUUGUUAGCUGGAAGGAAGCGAAAGAAGAGCAAAACCUCAAAUUACCUCAUCUCUAUUGACCCAACAGACCUGUCACGAGGUGGAGAAAGUUUCACUGGAAAAUUGAGAUCAAACCUUAUGGGGACAAAGUUUACAGUUUAUGAUAAUGGAGUAAAUCCAAUGAAAACAACACUGAGUUUGGAGGCAAGUAAUCUGCGGCAGGAGCUGGCUGCUAUUUGCUAUGAGACAAACGUCUUGGGCUUCAAAGGUCCUCGUAAAAUGAGCGUCAUCAUUCCAGGCAUGAAUAUGGACCAUGAGAGAGUUUCCAUCAGGCCACGCAAUGAACAUGAAACACUUCUCUCAAGAUGGCAGAAUAAAAACACAGAAAGUGUCAUUGAACUGCACAACAAAACACCUGUUUGGAAUGAUGACACCCAAUCUUAUGUUUUGAACUUCCAUGGCCGUGUCACACAGGCCUCGGUGAAGAAUUUCCAAAUCAUUCAUGAUAACGAUCCUGACUAUAUCGUGAUGCAGUUUGGUCGUGUGGCUGAGGAUAUUUUCACCAUGGACUACAACUAUCCAAUGUGUGCACUUCAAGCCUUUGCUAUUGCCCUGUCCAGUUUUGACAGCAAGCUGGCUUGUGAAUGAAGAAGCUACAUCUCUACAACCAAAA